ACCCGGUAGGGGAGCAAGGAGUCCACGGAAUUGAAAACCCACCGCACCAUUUCAACCUCUCUUCCCUAACCUCGCCGCGGCACAGCGGUUUCACUGCUCCCCUCACCUCCGCUCCCGAACGGCCGGUCUUUGCAUGGCAGCAGCAGCUAGUUCCAAGGGGCGGGCGAUCGCUGGAAGCUUCGUCAGCCGCGUCCUGGCCGGCAAGGCCGCUUCCCCGAGGAGGGCCGUGCACGCCUCGGCGUACGACAAGAACCUGGAGGACCAGGUGCGGCCGGCGUUCGUGCCGGACGAUGUGAUCGGCGGCGGCGCCGGGAACCCCGACAAGUACUGGAGCCCGCACCCGACGACCGGCGUGUUCGGCCCGGCGGCGGUGGACCCCAAGCUGGCCGCUGCUGCUGGCGCGCCGGACGCUGCCGCCGCGAAUGCUGCGGGAGGCACGGUGCUGGACCAGAAGGUGUGGUUCCGCCCGCUCGAGGACGUCGAGAAGCCCCCACCCGUCGCCUGAGCGGCGCUAGCUGUGCCAGCCCACACUGCUGAAUUGCUGAUAAGGAGAGCCUGGCGCUGAUACACCUAUCACUCUGCUCAGCUGGGCUCCCUCCCUGCUUAUCACUGCAGUAUAGUAGCAGUGCUUGAUAGCGGUGUGGCUGUGCUAAUACCAGCAUUAUCAAUAUAAGUAUAUAAAUACUGGUUUUAUAGUAGUGUAGUAGUAGUAUCAGGCAUGGCGUGCAUCAGAACUGGCUGUGAUAGUAGCAACGUGAUGCUCGUGCCUGUAAUAAGAACAAGCAGGAGAUGUUUGCCUGUGCUGCUUGUGCCUGUGAUGUACCGGUGUUGUUAUCAGUGUUAUAAGUACUUGGGUCACUGGUUUGUGCCUGUGUUUCUUACC